CGCGCGCAGUCGUGGCUGCUGCUGAGUGGCGGGGGGGCCCCCUUGCUCCCCCCCAGCCCUUGAAGGCGGAGAGAGCUCGCGUCUCGCUCGGCUCCAGGGUAAGUCCACCUGUGAGCAGGGUGUUCUGGUCCUCACUUCCAGCCAGCCAGAGUGUUAUAAAUGGACACUGACAUGGACUACGAAAGGCCCAACGUUGAAACCAUCAAGUGUGUGGUCGUGGGCGAUAACGCCGUGGGGAAGACGCGCCUCAUCUGUGCCAGAGCAUGUAACACGACGCUCACGCAGUAUCAGCUGCUGGCCACCCACGUCCCCACGGUGUGGGCGAUUGACCAGUACCGGGUCUGCCAGGAGGUCUUGGAGCGUUCCAGGGAUGUGGUGGACGAAGUGAGCGUUUCUCUCAGGCUUUGGGAUACGUUUGGGGAUCAUCACAAAGACAGACGCUUUGCUUAUGGCAGGUCUGAUGUUGUGGUUCUGUGUUUUUCGAUCGCUAAUCCCAAUUCCCUAAAUCAUGUGAAAACCAUGUGGUAUCAAGAAAUCAAGCACUUUUGCCCUCGCACACCUGUUGUUCUAGUUGGCUGCCAGCUAGAUCUCCGCUAUGCUGAUCUUGAAGCUGUUAAUCGAGCCAGGCGCCCUUUGGCAAGGCCCAUAAAAAGAGGUGAUAUUUUGCCCCCAGAAAAAGGUCGAGAGGUUGCAAAGGAACUGGGCAUCCCCUAUUAUGAAACGAGCGUAUUUGACCAGUUUGGGAUCAAGGAUGUGUUUGACAAUGCUAUCCGAGCUGCACUGAUUUCCCGCCGUCACUUGCAGUUCUGGAAAUCCCACUUAAAGAAAGUCCAGAAACCUUUGCUUCAGGCACCAUUCCUACCUCCAAAGGCCCCUCCGCCGGUCAUCAAGAUCCCUGAGUGCCCCUCCACCUGGACGAAUGAAGCCGCCUGUCUACUCAACAACCCUCUGUGUGCUGACGUCCUGUUCAUCCUUCACGACCAGGAGCACAUCUUUGCACACCGAAUUUACCUCGCUACCUCCUCUUCCAAAUUUUACGAUCUGUUUUUAAUGGACUGUGAAGAAUCCCCAAAUGGAGCUGAAGGGGGUUGUGAGAAAGAGAAGCAGAGGACUUCCCUUGACCCCGAGGAGGAAAGGGAGCAGGCCACCCCAUGGACCCCUCAGGCUGAGGAAUGGAACUCUUCCAGCCAGGGCUCCUUGGAGCCUCUGGGGCUGGAAGCUGAGGGCUCUGUCCUGGAGACACAGGUUUUGUCCGGGUGGAGUAAGGGGUUUGUUGGCAUGCACAAGGAGAUGCUAGUCAACCCCAUUUCAAAGCGGGAGGGCCCUGUGACUGUGGUUAGGAUGGACGCGUCAGUCCAGUCAGGCCCUUUCAGGACCCUGCUCCAGUUUCUUUAUACAGGGCAGCUGGACGAAAAGGAGAAGGACUUGAUGGGUCUGGCCCAAAUCGCAGAAGUCCUGGAGAUGUUUGAUUUGAGGAUGAUGGUGGAAAACAUCAUGAACAAGGAAGCCUUCAUGAACCAGGAGAUUACAAAAGCGUUUCAUGUCAGGAAAGCCAAUCGGAUAAAAGAGUGCCUCAGCAAGGGGACAUUUUCAGAUGUGACAUUUAAAUUAGAUGAUGGAGCCAUAAGUGCCCACAAACCACUGCUGAUCUGCAGCUGUGAAUGGAUGGCUGCCAUGUUUGGAGGGUCCUUCAUGGAAAGCACCAAUAGUGAGGUCUACCUUCCGAGCAUAAACAAGAUGUCAAUGCAAGCGGUUUUGGAUUACUUGUAUACUAAGCAGUUGUCGCCCAACUUGGACUUGGACCCGCUGGAGUUAAUCGCCUUGGCAAACAGACUGUGCCUGCCACACUUGGUUGCACUUGCAGAACAGCACGCUGUGCAGGAGCUAACCAAGGCCGCUGUGAGUGGCAUGAGCAUUGAUGGAGAAGUGCUCUCCUAUUUGGAACUGGCCCAGUUCCACAAUGCCAACCAGCUGGCCGCCUGGUGUCUGCACCACAUCUGCACCAACUACAACAGUGUUUGUUCCAAGUUCCGCAAGGAAAUCAAAUCUAAAUCUUCAGACAACCAGGAAUACUUUGAGCGGCACCGCUGGCCCCCAGUGUGGUACCUGAAGGAAGAAGACCACUACCAGCGUCUGAAAAGGGAGCGUGACAAAGAAGCUAUUGCACUAAAUAAACAUCAUUCUCGCCGCAAGUGGUGCUUCUGGAAUUCAUCGCCAGCAGUCGCCUGAGGAGAAAGAGGGGGGAAUAAUCCAUAAUCUGAUGCAUCACUUUUAAAAGCACUACUGUAAAAUUAGUCUUCUUAUUAGAGAUAAGAUAUAGUUCAGGUUUCAGGCACUGAUCUUCCUCCACUUUUGUGCAUUUACCUUUUUUAGGAUCAAAGCACAAGCUCACCAUCCAUGAGCCUGGACAAAAAGGGAAGCUGGUGUUCAAUGCAUUCCUUAAACUUAUGUAUAUAUUGUGUUGGGGGGAGGGAGGAGGCUUAAUAAGCUCUAGUCCGUUAUUUCCUUUCUUUUUAUACAAAGGAGAAAAUAAUCCAGCUUUCAUGUCUCAAAUUUCAAAUUGGGAGAUAUUUUUAUAUGAUCUCUUGUAUUUUGUUGAAAUGAAAAUACUGUGUAUCACUUUAUUUUACAGGCCACAAAUUAACCAGGUCGCCCUGGGAUUAAAGUUGAAACGUUUUGGCCACAUGGCCACUGAGGUUUCAUUAGAUAAUUAGAGAGUUCUCCCUUUGUUGUGACGUUAAGGGCUGGAGUUAAAUUCUCCAAACUACGAGUAAGAGAGUGUUUCAUCUUUAUUCUGCUGAAUAACAUCAGUAUAAUUACCAAGUCAACUCCAAGCAAUGUGUAUUUACAAUAUUUGCUGUGUAAGUGCUAGUAAUUAUAUGGUUAUAUGUGCCAUGUAAAAUAUAGUGAUAUUGAAUA